AUGACGGGUCGGCGCCACCUAGCGCCUCGUCGUCCGCCCGGGGAUCGUCCUUCUGCUCCGCCCACCCCACCAACGGCCCAGGGCGUGGAGGUGCCAGCCCUGCUCCGAGCCGCCGCUGAUGUUGUUGCUGCCGUGGCUGGUGGCGAGUCUUCCCAUGCGCCUGCUGUUCCGCCCGUGCCUCGGGAGCCGAUAUAUCGGUCCCCUCGUGGGCGAACGCAUCCUCAUUUACGGGCUCGGGGCCAGUCGUUCCGCCGCCGGCGUCCUCCCCGGCCAUCCCCGUCGUUUGCUCCGCGGUCCGCGCGUUCUCUGGUGGUUGCCCCGCGGCCUCCCGCGCACCCGGCGCCGCAUCUGCCACCAUCGCAACUUCCCGCGCAACCUCCGCCUCCUCCCCCGUCAUCCCAUCCGUCGUCGACGCGGUCCUCUUCGUCGCAGCGGCAGCCCUCGUCUGCGUUGGCGCCUCAGUUGUCUUCUCCGUCGAUGGCGCCGUCGGUUUCGUCGGGUCCAGGUUCAGUGCCUGCGCCUCCACCUCCGCCGACUUGGGCGUCCCACCUGGCGUCCCCGCCGCCCCCGCCGCAGUCUGCCCCUCCGCCAUCUGCUGGUCCACGCGCAGAGGCGUCCCCUUCGGUCCCGGCGUCGGUCCCAGGCUCCGCUCCGCCCCUGCCUCCACCUGGUCUUCCCCCUGCUGCGCCCCCGUCGGCGCUGCCGCCUCCUCCUCCGUUUGCGUAUUCGUACCCGCCUCGGCGGGAUGUGACUGCGCCGGCUCCGCCUGCCCCUCACGGGCUCCCUCCGGCCGCUCGUCGGUGCCUGCCUCGUCACCAACACCCUCUUGUGCCACGGUCUCGGCUCCCCGCCGCGCGGUUUAGGUUUGUGAGUGGCCUCCCGUUCCGUUCCUCCUUUGCUCGCCGCGUGUUGUUUUCCCUGUGGUGCCGCUCACAUGUUGGGUGUUGCCGUUUCCCCGCUCCUCGUCAUUCUCCCCCCCUCCCGAUCCCGCAGCAUCCGCCGGUGCCAGGCCUCCCUGGAGGCUACUGGAACGAUGACGAGGUGCCGGGCACACCUUGUGACCCAGACGUGGAUUGGUGGGGGGCUUCGUGGCCCCAGGCGCAGGGUGGGGGGGACCGGAACUGGGGCGCUCCUCCCCCUGACGGUCCUUGGGGGGAGCCUCGUCCUAGCGAUGGGGCGUACCAGGCCCGUGGGAUGCGGUUGUCGGAUCUUGGUCGCUGCGUGACAGAGCUGUCCUUCGUGCUGGACCUCCUGCACGAUGCCCUCCAGUCGCGGGAGGUUGUGGCCCGGGAUCCGCACCUCGAUGAGGACCAGGAGGCAUGGACGCGCCGUGCGGUGUCGAGUGCGUUGUGGGACGUUCUCCGUUUGCCGCUAGAACCUGAGGACCCUUCGCUGGACGACGGUCCUGGCGCUGCGGCUUUCCGCAUGGUAGCCACGGCUGCUGAGGAGUGCCCGCUCGGCAUCGUCCCUGCGAUCGCGUGUGUGCUCCGGUGGCUCGGGCGGCGGGUGGAGCGGAUGUAG